AUGUCGGAUAUGGUGGAUCUUGUUGAAACUAUACAACUCUCUGACAUCCUAUGGAAAGCUGGUGUAAUUUUAGUAAUUUUUUUCCCAUAA